AUGCCUAGACAUGGAAGAAGAGGAAAAAUGCCAAAGGGUGAAAAACUGCCCAAGAAAGAGGGAGCAGAGAGCAUUCCGUCGAAGCUACUAUCGUCAAUGCUGAAAUCGUUGGAUUUGACUUUCGAGCGUGAUAUUGGAAUGCUCAAUGGGAAAAGUGUUAGAUCCAUACCCAGUAAAAAAACAUUACUUGAAUUACAAACCCAAUUGGAUAGUCUUAAUGAAAUACUGGGCACAAUUGCCCGAAGUGAUCAAGAGACUAUAGAAGCGCUUCGGAAAUUAAGAGACGGUAAAAAUGAGAAGGACACAGGAGAUGUAAAGCAGAAAAUAUCUAAUGCAGAUGAGCAAGACAAAAAUGCUACCCCUAUUAAAGAAAUAAGUGGGGAGGGAAAACAAGUAGAAAACUUAGUAGAGCCUCAAGUUUUUGAUAAAAUACCAGACGCGAUUAAGGACGAUGUAGAAAAUAUUAAAAAAGCCGCUGAUAGUAUGGCUAAAGAAGAAAUCAAUGACGACAAAGAUUUACAAAUUUAUAAGGAUCGACCAAGGGAAAAAAGGCCGUUAGAUUCUGAAACUACACAUGAGGACACAGAAAACGAAAGUACUCACGAGCCAGACAAUAAAAAGCAAAAAAUUGACAUUGAGAAAAUGGAAAAUGAUCCGAGUGUAAAAAAUCCAAAGUCUGAAUUCGUAGUAUCACAAACAUUACCUCGGGCAGCAGCGGCCCUAGGUUUAUUCAACGAAGAGGGACUAGAAAGUACAGGUGAAGAUUUUUUAAAGAGCAAGUAUAACGUGGCUAGUUAUCCCACGAAUGAUUUGAAAGAAUUGCUACCAGGGGAAUUACCAGACAUGGACUUUUCGCAUCCUAAACCAACGAACCAAAUCCAAUUUAAUACCUUUUUAGCUUUCGUUGAGAACUUUUUCAAGGACCUUAGCGAUGACAACUUGAAGUUUUUGAAGACAAAAUAUACUAUACCGGAUAGCUUGCAGUUCGAUAAAACGUAUGAUCCUGAAAUAAAUCCCUUCAUUAUACCGAAACUGGGUCCUUUGUACACCGAUGUUUGGUUCAAAGAUGAAAACGACAAAAAUCCUGGCUUUAAGAAAACUCCAUCACACCUGAAUGAUGCAUCGGCCAUACUACCAAAAAAAAGUGCUAACGAACUGGAUGAGAAUGUUUUGGAGACAGAAAGUAUCUCUUGUGGACCCUUAUUAUCUAGAUUAUUGAGUGCUGUAUUAAAAGAUGACAACGGAAAAUCGGAAUUGCAUUCUUCCAAAAUAACAGGAGAUAAUGAAGUACCGAAGGUUAGGGAAGAAGAAAGUAUAUCAUCACCUAAGGACAACAUCAAUGAUAGUAUAGAUAUGUCAUUAUCUCAGGAGAAUGGUCCUAGUGCUCGAACGCCUGAGAGUGAUAUUGAUGAGGAAGGCUCCUUCCAGACAAAGCCUGUAGCAAAUAAAGAUGAUAAUGGUGGAACUACGAGUACGCUGCCACAACAGAUUGGAUGGAUAACAAAUGGAAUUGGUCUGGACUAUCCAACAUUUGAAGAACGAUUAAAAAGAGAAUUAAAGUAUGUGGGGAUAUACAUGAAUAUGCCUAAGGAUGAAAACAACCCUAACUCAGAUGACCCCGAUUGGAUCACGGGUAGAGAGGACGAUGAAAUAAGUGCAGAACUAAGAGAAUUGCAGAGCACUUUGAAACAAGUAACCAAGAGAAACCAAAAAAGGAAAACACUGCUGAUAUCACUAGUAGAGAGGCAACUAGCAUGGCAAGAGUACUCGUCCAUCUUGGAAGAUUUAGACAAACAAAUUGACCAGGCCUAUGUCAAACGUAUUCGCGUACCCAAGAAAAGGAAGAAGCAUCAUACAGCAGCUUCUACUAAUGUGAGCACAGGAACUACAUCCCAAAUAGCGCAACAAAAAGCUGCAAAUUCGAGUCUAAAAUCGCUUCUAGAUAAGAGGCAAAGAUGGAUUAACAAAAUUGGCCCGUUGUUUGACAAGCCCGAGAUUAUGAAAAGAAUUCCUAAUGAAAGUGUAUUCAAGGAUAUGGACCAAGAAGAAGACGAUGAUGAAGCCGAUGUAUUUGCACAGAAUACCAAUAAGGAUGUGGAAUUCAACUAA